CUGGUCUGCAGUGUCCUUAGGCUUCAGUCUUCUGUUUAUCCACAGAUGAAGUGCAGCAUUAACAACCUUUUACUGUAGUUACUUUGGCCCACUUGUAAUAUGUUUGGUUCUGCAGUCAUUAUAUGCCAAGAAAGUUGAAGUUGACGACUACACAUUUCUCUGCCUGGCACGAGUUGAAUUAGAAGAUCAGAAGUUCACUUUGAUCGGAAUUCUGGGUAGUUGGUGGGUAUUGCCAUGGUCACCAUGCCAGGGAGCAUUUUCCGUACUUAGGAACAAAGUUCUGCAGGGAUAGAAAUGGAGGGAAAUUUGGACGAAGCUCGUAGGCUGUUUGACGAAAUGCCUGAAAGGAAUGAGGUCUCGUGGACUGCGUUGAUUUCUGGUUUCUUGAGAUGUGGAAGAGUGAAAGAAUCAAUGUGGUACUUUGAAAGAAACCCAUUUCAUAAUGUGGUUUCGUGGACUGCUGCAAUUAGUGGGUUUGUACAAAAUGGGCUUAAUUUCGAUGCAAUGAAGCUUUUUCAGAAAAUGCUUGAAUCUGGGAUUAUGCCGAAUGAUGUUACUUUUACUUCUGUUGUUAGAGCUUCUGCAAAUAAGGGUGAUUUUUGGUUGGGAAUGAGUGUUUUGGGGUUGAUUGUUAAAGCUGGCUUUGAACACAAUGUCUCAGUUUCUAAUUCUUUGGUUACAUUAAGUUUGAGGUUAGGUGAAAUAGAUUUGGCUCAGAGAAUUUUUGAUCGAAUGGAAAAGAGAGAUGUUGUUUCGUGGACUGCAAUCAUGGAUAUGUACGUUGAGAUGGGAGACCUGAGAGAAGCACGCCGGAUCUUUGAUGAGAUGCCUGAAAGAAACGAAGUUACUUGGAGUGCAAUGAUUGCGAGAUACAGUCAGAGUGGUAAUGCCGAAGAGGCAGUGGAACUGUUCCACCGGAUGCUUCAAGAAGGGUAUACCCCAAACAUAUCGUGCUUUCCUAGCAUUAUAAGUGCAUUGGCUAACCUGAAGGCUUUGCAAGCAGGGAUGAAUAUCCAUGGACAUGUUUCAAAAAUCGGGAUUGAGAAAUAUGUCUUCAUUAGUAGCUCAUUUAUUGACUUAUAUUGUAGAUGUGGAAAAACUGAAGAUGCACAGUUAGUGUUCGACUUGGUUUUGAAAAAGAAUGUUGUUUGUUGGAACUCCAUGGUGAGUGGAUAUAGUCUGAAUGGUCAAUUAGAAAAAGCUAAGAAGGUGUUUGACCUGAUGCCCAAGAAAGAUAAUGUCUCCUGGAACACUAUGAUUGCUGGUUACUUAGAAAAUGAACAGUGUGAUAAGGUAUUUGAAGUAUUCAAUCAGAUGCUUUUGUCCGGGGAAACACCAAACAAAUCUACAUUCUCGAGCAUUCUAUGUGCUUGUGCAAACAUGGCCUCAUUAGAGAAAGGCAGGAAUCUCCACGGCAAAAUUUUUAAGUUCGGGCUUCAGUAUGAUGUUUUUGUAGGAACUGCACUUACUGAUAUGUAUGCAAAAUCUGGGGAUAUUGAGAGCUCUAAGAAGGUCUUCAAUAGAAUGCCCGAGAAGAAUGAGAUUUCUUGGACUGCUAUGAUUCAAGGACUUGCAGAAAAUGGUUUUGCGGAGGACUCACUUGUUCUGUUUGAAGAAAUGGAGAGGACUGCAUCUCUUAUACCCAAUGAGCUCAUUCUUUCAGCAGUUUUAUUUGCUUGUUCGCAUUGUGGGUUAGUUGAUAAAGGACUUUGGUACUUCAAUUCCAUGGAGAAGGCUCAUGGUAUAAAGCCAAACAGCAGACACUACACCUGCUUGGUGGAUAUGCUGUCUAGAUCAGGACGUCUUUCUGAGGCUGAACAGUUGAUCGCAAGCAUGCCAUUUGAACCGGACGGUAACACCUGGUCGGCUUUAUUAAGUGGUUGUAGUACACAUAUGGAGGAGAGGAUAGCAGAAAGGACAGCUAAGAAGCUCUGGGAACUGGCGGAGAAGAAAUCCGGUGGGUAUGUUUUGUUGUCAAAUAUUUAUGCUUCAGCUGGUAGAUGGGUCGAUGUUUCGAAUACUAGAAAUUUAAUGAAGGAGAAGGGUUUGAGGAAAAGUGGUGGUUGUAGCUGGGUUGAGUUGAGGAAUCAAAUCCAUCUUUUUUAUUCUCAUGAUGGAAAACACUCUGAAUCAGCAGAGAUAUAUGGGGUUUUAGAACUACUGAAGUCUGAAAUGCUGGCUGUUUAGAUGUACAUAUUUUUCAACAUCCAUUUUCCCAAGUAAAAUCAGAAAAAGCUUGAUUCUCAGAAA